AUGGUUCUGGUGGUCCAUGAAAAUGGGACCGAGAUCGAGAUCAGUGAGGAGCAGAUGGAACACAGGGAGGACGAGGAAGAAGAGAUAACGGAGGUAGCGGAGCUGUCUGUCAAUUCUGUAGUGGGAUUGUCCGCUCCCCAUACCAUCAAGCUAAGAGGGACGAUCAAUGGAGAGGAGGUGGUAGUCUUGAUCGACAGCGGGGCCACUCACAACUUCAUCUCGGAGAGCUUGGUGAGGAGGCUAGGGUUGACUCGAGGAACGUCGCGAGGAUACGGAGUGAUGGUCGGAGGUGGAAUGAUAGUACAGGGGAAGGGAAUUUGUGAAGAGGUGCAGCUCAAAUGCUCCUCUCUAAAGUUUCUAAGUGUGGACAACAACAACAUCAAAGAUACGUUUCCUUUCUGGCUCAAGGGUUUGCCUAAUUUGCAAGCCUUUACUCUCCGUUCAAACAGAUUCUACGGUCCUAUAUCCCCUCCUGGUCAAGGUCCUCUAGCGUUUCCCGAGCUACGCAUACUUGAAAUAGCUGAUAACAAAUUUACAGGAAGCUUGCCCCAAGAUUACUUUGUGAACUGGAAAGUUAUGACCGAAGAUGGGAGCCUCUUGAAGACAUUGAUUGCACUUAACUUAUCAAACAACGCCUUCACAGGCCAUAUUCCUCGGUCUUUGGAAAAUGUUACGGAGCUUGAGUCACUAGACCUAUCAAGAAACAAACUAUCAGUGUGGCUCAUAACCAACUCAAAGGCGAAAUACCACAAGGACCACAAUUUAGUGGGCAAGCUGAAUCAUCAUUUGAAGGGAAUCCAGGUCUAUGUGGUCUUCCUCUCCAAGGAAGUUGCUUUGCGCCACCACCGACACAACAGUUUUGAGGAAGAAGAUGAAGAAGAGGAAGGAGUGUUGAACUGGAAAGCAGUGGUUAUAAGGUAUGGGCCUGGAUUGUUAUUGGCUCAUGUUACUGCUUCAUACAAGCUGAAGUGGUAUUGGUAUCUCAAGAUAGUUGGUCUGGAUAAGCACAAGGAAGUAAAACCAGAUGAUGUUGUCGUUGGUCUUGUUGCUUGUCUUCCUCGCCAGAUUGAAGCUUUUACGCAGUUCACAAACGAGUUUGAUACUCGUUCGUGCAACCAUAGCGACUACUCUAAUAAUGGAGCUUGGUGCGACAACUCCACGGGUGCAGUCACCAAGAUACAUCUCACGGGCUGUCUAAGUGGAACUCUGAAGCCCAACAGUAGCCUAUUUGGGUUCCAACAACUCCGUCACCUUGUUCUCAGCAACAACAACUUCAUCUCCUCUACACUCCCUUCCAAGUUCGGCAAUCUCAACAGAUUAGAGGUCUUGAUUCUUUCCUCGAACGGCUUACUUGGCGAAGUUCCUUCUUCAAUUAGUAAUCUAAGCCAACUUUCCAUUUUAAAACUUUCCAAAAAUAAGCUCAUUGGUAGUUUCCCACUCAUAAGUAAUCUAACCAAGCUCUCGGUCUUGAGUUUAUCUCAAAAUCUAUUCACCGGAACCAUACCUUCAUCUAUCUUCACAAUGCCUUCCCUGUUUUAUCUCAAUGUGAAUGAUAACCAUCUAACCGGUCCUCAUGAAGUUCCAGACUCCUCUACUUCAUCUAGUCUCGAGUUCUUGAACCUUGGGAAAAACCAAUUUGAAGGAAAAAUCUUAGAGCCUAUCUCAAAACUCAUCAACCUCAAGCGUCUCGACCUUUCUUUCCUAAACAUCAGCUACCCAAUUGACUUAAGGCUCCUCUCAUCUCUCAAAUCUUUGUUGGACCUUUAUCUUUCUGGUAAUAGUUUACUGGCUACUAGUUUAAGUGCUGAUUCCGACAUCCCACCGAACUUGGAAACCUUGGACAUGUCGGACUGCGAUCUCACCGAGUUCCCAAACGUCUAA